UUACCAUUUCUAAGAUUUUCAUCUUUAAGUACAUCAAGGGCUUCAAAUUUCGUUUUGUGAAUACUUAAAAUAUCGACAACAGCAUUACUAAAACCACAUCUAGGAGCUUGUGGAUCACCUUUCAUAAAAACUACAACUUUGUGAUUUUUCACUAAUUUAUCUAUAUAUGAUUGUACUGGAUCGUCAUUUUUAGUACUUAAAAAUUUACUACAUAAUACUUUAAAUGAGUCAACUUGUGUAGUUUUAAUUAUAUUUGUAAUUUGACGGAACAAAGACAUAACUAUUUCAGAUAUUAAAAAUAACAAAAAUAAAUCAAUUUUAUGCAAGUAAAAAGAAUAAAUAAUUCUGAUGUUUGUUAUUAUGUUGUACGCAUAGAUAAGUGUUGUAUGGUUAUCAGAAAUUCCUAAGGAGUAUUAUUUAGUUUUCAAACAUAACCUCAAACGAUUCAAUGGAAAAUAUUUUAACCUUGAAUCAUAGAAUACUAGGGUUGAAAUAACUAAUUGAAAAAAUAUGAAGUAUACAAUUCUUUAAAAACAGGAAUUAUAAAAAUGCAUAGCAUAAAAAAACACCAUUUAAUAUAAAUUUUAAAAUAAAAAAUUAUACUAGUUCGUGGUGGGGAGAAAGUGUUCGCCAUUUUUCCCUUCCAUCCGACCACGACCGUCACUAUAUUUAAGAUUAAUUUACAACUAAGCGGGACGUGUAGAGGCGGCGAUACGACCCCCUGAUCCUGAUUAAUAGAACUACGGAAGCAUUAUCCAUUUGAACCGCUAAACAAAAUUGGAUAUUGUUAACAAAACCAGUGAACUUGUGAGAUCUGUACAAGUUAUUCCGUCCACAAUGGCUGACAGUGAACCAUUAAGUAUAGACAGCAUAAUCGCACGACUUUUAGAAGGUAAGUUAAGUGAAACUUUUUUUGAACACACCAUAAUUGGCUUUCUUAUUACUAUGCAACCUGGUAGAUUAAUAGGUUUAUGUCAGUAUAUGCUUGUUUGUACGAUUUGGUUCAGUUCAAACAAUUCAUGUUCAAGUAUUAAUGGGAUAUUUAGAUUCUGUAUAUAAUAUAUCAUUUACCUUAAAUUUAUAUGUCUUUAUAUAUUUAUCUAAAGAUUAUUCUUAUUUGUGAAAAUGAUAUUUUACUUUUUAAAUUAUCAGAAAUGUUGUGACUAAGAAUUAUAUUUCCAAAAUGAAAUUGUCCAAUGUAAAUUGGCCAUGUAGGUAUGCUUAGUAAUUUAAAUGUUAUUAAAUAAGGAUUUAGUUUUAAAUUUUAUGUACGUUUGGGAUUAGUCAUUUAAUUUAUAAUAAUACAUUUGAUUUGGAGUAAAUAUAUGGUUUAAUGUAAGUACAUCACUAUGUUCAUAAGUAUUCACAGGUGCUCUUGGCAUGGGAGGCGACAAUUUUCAAAAACAAACCAUACACAAAAAUCAACAGCACAAAUAUUUUUGGAAGGGGUUUAUGCUCCAUUAUAUUUAUUAUGCUUACUUAAUAUUACUAACUUAAUGAAGACUUUCAGGGGAAGGCAGAGGAGCCUGGUUAAGUUUUCAAAAGGGGUAAAUAUCUUCCAAAGCUUCUUCCACUAUACACAAAAUUACAGGGACGUCAGGGUUCAAUAUUUAGAACAAAUUUAUAUAUAUAACAUGUUUUCAAAAAAUACUUUGACAGAAAAUCUCUCAGAGAAGGCAGCUGCCUCUCCUACCUACUCCAUGCGCACGCUUAUAACUGUACCAUUUAUUGUCAUGUCAUAUAGGAAUUAAUGAAUAUUGUAAAAACCUGUUUCUAGAAUACCAUGAUUUUCCUAAAAUUCCAAAGAUUUGAACACUGAUUUACAUAAGUGAUUAACUCUGUGAUUAACCAUCUGGAUGUAUUAUUAAAUAUAUCUGAUCUAUGUAAAUUUUUUUUUUUUACCUUUUACAGCCCAAUUAGGGCCUUCACUGCUUCCACAAUUUCCUGCCACCUCUCCCUAUUUUCACUCUCUUUUAGCUCUGUUCCUCUAAUGCCACCUUUACCAAAUCUGCUUUCAAUAUGUCCAACCAUCUUUGCCUAGGGUGGCCUCUGAGUCUUACUGUUGUUUUUACCUAUCAAAACUUGUUUCUAGAUACCAUUAUUUCUCCUUAAGUGGCCUGUCCAUUAUAUUCGUUUGAUUUUGAUAAAUGUUUUUAUAUUUGGUUUUUGAAAUAGUUGGUAGGUUUUCUCCGGUAUUCUCCAUUUUCAAUAAUUAGACCAUAGAUUCUACCAUUAUUCCAUAGUGUCUUCAUUAACAAUAUUAAUAUAUUUUCAAAUAAGUAGAAAAACAUAAUCUUGUUAUAAAUACUUAGAAAACAUGUAUAUUUUAAUGUAAUAUAACAAAUGUAUUUAUAAUAAUUGUCCACCUUUUAAUAAGCAGAGAUUAUGGUGAAGGAUUAUAUAUAUAUAAAUUUAAAUUAAAUAACUUAUAUCACGUAUUUUCAUUGUAUAAUGUUUUUUUUUUUUUUUUGUAACCAAAAUUGUGACUUAAACAUGAAGUAUUUGUUUUAUAGUAAGAGGAUGUCGACCUGGUAAAACAGUACAAAUGUCUGAAGCUGAGGUUCGAGGUUUAUGUUUGAAAUCUAGAGAAAUAUUUUUGCAACAGCCUAUUUUAUUAGAUUUAGAAGCACCAUUAAAAAUAUGUGGUAAGUGAUAAAAUUUCUUUUAAAACUAAUAUAUAAGUGAUAAAUAUUAUAUAUUUUAUCAACUAGGAGAUAUACAUGGACAGUAUACUGAUUUAUUACGUUUAUUUGAGUAUGGUGGAUUUCCUCCAGAAGCGAACUAUUUAUUUUUGGGUGAUUAUGUUGAUCGUGGAAAACAGUCAUUGGAAACUAUUUGUCUUUUAUUAGCAUAUAAGAUUAAAUAUCCAGAAAACUUUUUUCUCUUACGAGGCAAUCAUGAAUGUGCAAGCAUAAACAGGAUCUAUGGAUUUUAUGAUGAAUGUAAAAUCAUUAAAGUUUAGUUAUUAAUAAAAAUUUAUAUUAAUUAACAAAUAUAUAUUUGUAGGUAAAAGGCGCUACAAUAUAAAAUUGUGGAAAACUUUUACUGAUUGUUUUAAUUGUUUACCUAUUGCUGCUAUUAUUGAUGAAAAAAUAUUUUGUUGUCAUGGUGGACUUAGCCCUGAUUUACAAGGAAUGGAACAAAUUCGACGUAUUAUGCGUCCCACUGAUGUCCCUGAUACUGGUAAAUUUUUACUGAAUUAAUUACAAAAUACAUAUAAUUACAUUUAAUUUACAAAAAUAUAUUUCACUACACAAACUCACAAUUUUUUUUUUAAGUUUUAAUUUAAAAAAUAUGUUAGGAACAUAGUAAAAACAUAUUUUCAAUCGAUUCUCGAAUUUGAAAUUGUUUUUUAGAGUUUUUCUAUGCUGAAAAUAAUUGUGUUACUAAUCAACAUUUUUUGGUUAAACGUAGUUUUGACAUUAUCAAGUUUUUAAAUUUUAUACACGCCCUUUUUUUUCCCAUAAAUAAAAACUAUUAUUUUUAUAUUAUGCUGAGGGUGUUGAAGAGUACCACUCAUUAUGUCUGCCAGUUUUACUUGCCAAAUUGAGUGCUACUGUGGGAUACUCCUCAAAAGAUAGAGCUGCUUACCUACAUUUAUAUCAGAAUUUUUGUUGAAAAUAACUUUGAAUUUUACUUAUUCAACUGUUAGUAUACAUUUUCUUUAAACAGGCUUAAUAAAAGUUAAUGUUAUUGUCAAAAUUCCCAUGAAAUACUUAUUUUUUAAUAAAUGACGUUUGUAAAAACUUUUUCAAAUCAUAUUAUAUUCUAAAAUGUUACCAUACAUUAGUUGUUCCUAUAGGUUAGUAAUUGAAAAUUAAAAGUCUAGUAUAUUAUUUUACUCCUAAAAAUAAAGAUAGUAUAAUUUUUUAGAAUAUAUAAUAAUAAUAUUCAUUGUUAAAAAAGAUUUGAAAAGCAUGUAUAACAUUAAUUUAAAUUUUAAAUAUUUGAUGCUGCCCCAAAAGUGUAACUUGUGGCGGAUGCAGCUGUUCUGUAACAAUAUUAGUUACAAUUUUAAAUCAAAGAAGUAAAUAAUAAUAAAGAGAAACAAUAAAUAAGACAUAUUUUAAAUAAACAUCGGAAGAAAAUAUACAGACUAAUUUGUUCUAAAUUUAGCACAUUUAAAUAUUUUUUUAAAUGAUACUUGCUGUAGAACUAUGGUAAAUUAAUAUUAAUUGUUUUCCUUUCAAAUUUUUUCUGGGUUAUUGGCAUAUUCAGAUCAACUCUUUACUUAUGGCAUGUAUAGUAAUUAUGAGGUGGCAAAUAAUUUUUUAAGUUUAAAUCAUAAAUGUAGCUUAGUACAUUUAAUUAAUACGCCAUUUACAUUUUAGAUUCCGAGCGUAGCGAGAGAGCUAUUGGUUUUACAUUGCUGUUUAUUUCUUUUCUUUCUUCUAACCUAUGGGCAUAUUUUUUCCUAUUAAACUUACUCUGAUUUUUACGUGUAGCAAAUUUUUUGAAAACUUAAGUUAUCUAGAUGGUAUUUUAAAGAGAUAAUUUUUUGAUUUUCGACGCCAUUUUUAAAUAAAAGCACUUAAGUGGGAAAAUGUAUGUUUUCAUUGUUUUAUAAAAACACGGACGACGUUUUCUACCAGAAAAAAUGAUUUAAUCGAAAAAUCACAAGGAACCUUUUUGUUGCCUUUUUGAUUUACUUUAUUACGGUAUCAUCGCUAAAACUUUUGAGCCACUUUUGAGCUUUUAAGGAAUUUUAAUUUUUAGGAGUUUUUUGCUGUAGUUUGGUUAUAAAUUCACUUAAAGACUUGAAACUUGGUAAUAAUACUUAUAUUAGACUUACCUAGACACGGUAAAAUUUUCUAAAUCAUCGAACAACUUUUUUUUUUAAUAAGCCUUUUAUUCAUAUUUAAACAAUAAUAGCAAAAAAAAAAUAUGGCACUUCAAAUUAUGUAUUACUGAACUGCACUCGGAAUUUCGUCAAGCAAUGGUUUAUCGUUGCUUACAGAUAUAAAUGAAAUAACCUACCAUCCCAACUUCUCACCUACAACAGUGGCCGCUCCCAUCCCCGGUAUCAGCUCUUUUUUUUUUUUUUACACUGAGAGUUUUGUAAUAAUCAGUAACAUGAAAAUCAUAAGAUUUACAAAGAAUAGAUCUCAAAAGGGAGUUUAAUCUGAUAAUAAGUGGAUUUAGAGCUAGAUUAGAUUAGAUUAGAUGCAUCAAAAAUAAGUAUUUUAUUGAAAAUUUGAUAAAUCCUAAUAUAAAAAAAAACACUUAUGGGAGCAGUACCAGAGUGUAAUCUAACUAUCUUAUGUCAUUAACAUCUAUUAUGUAUGGCUUGGUAAAUUAAUAACAACAAACUGAAUAUGCCCAUUUUAAAAUUACCUUAUAUACCUAUAUUUACCUUCAAAUAAUCACUAAUUAAAGUCAUAUACAAAAAAUUCAGAUUGUACUAUCAUUUUCAGCAUAAAAUAACACACUUUUAAAAUAAUUUAAUAAAAAAAUGGUUGAUAAAAAUAUUUAAGCCUAAAAAAUUUAUAUAAAUCCCUUUGUUUAACUUAACUAUAUACUUUGCAUGGAUCUAUAUAAUAGCCUCUGCGAUCAAUUAAUACAUUUUAUUCUAAUUUAUUUAAAGCAUUUGUAUAUUAUAAUAUAAUAAUAUAAUACACAAUUUAAAUAUGAAUUAUAAAAUGUAUACAUAUAUUGUGUAUAGUUUGUUAAUAAAAAUUUAAAUAUGUUUAAAUAAAUCCACAAAGAGACUGUUAAAAACAUCAAAAAGUAAAAAAUAAUGAAGAGGUUUUAAAGUCCUUCCUCUAAAGACUACUUAUUAGAUUAUAUUUCCCAGCACUUCAAAAAUGAUAACACAAACUAAUUUCUUUUAAAUAAAAUUGUACAUAUUAUAAAAAAAAAAAUCAUAUUAUUAAUUUUUAUAGUGUUAGACAACUGUAUUAAUAAGUUAAAUCCAUUAGAAUAAGAAUUAUUAAACACCUUCACUAUAUUUGCUUUUUUGACAUUUUCCAAUGUUUUUUUGUGAAUUUUAAGAACAUAUAAAUCCGAUCUCUACUAAUAAAAUAUCUAUACAAAUCCAUACUAGAAUUAAAUUAUUAAAAUAUAUUAAUAAAUAUUAUCUGUGAUUCAUUUGUAGGUUUGUUAUGUGAUUUAUUAUGGUCUGACCCCGAUAAAGAUGUAACUGGUUGGGGCGAAAAUGAUAGAGGUGUUUCUUUCACUUUUGGUACAGAUGUUGUAGCAAAGUUUUUAAAUAGACAUGAUUUGGAUCUCAUAUGUCGAGCACAUCAAGUAAAUAUAAUUAAUGAUUUAUGAACUAACUAAAUUAUACAACAUUUGCCUUAUAUUUUAUUUCAUGUAUUAACAGGUUGUAGAGGAUGGUUAUGAAUUUUUCGCAAAAAGACAGCUGGUUACAUUGUUUUCUGCACCAAAUUAUUGUGGAGAAUUUGACAAUGCUGGUGGAAUGAUGUCUGUUGAUGCAACUCUUAUGUGUUCAUUUCAAGUAUGUUUUUAAUUUAUUUAAAUCCUCAUAUUGAUUUUUUAAUCUUAAACAAAUUAUUAGUUAACAAGAUUACUUACAUACUAUAUAAUUAGUAGUUAAAUAUUUCAUUUUUAAGUAUUUUAUUUUAUGUCCAAUGAGUCUUAAACCAGUUUUUCAAAAUUCUCUAUUUUUUUAUUCAAUCUAUUGAAUGCUUGUUAUUUUGGUAUAGGUUAAUUUAUUUACAUCCGUUAUAUACUUUUUACUUGAUUUUAUUUUAUUUUUAUAAGAAACUUGCCCCUUUUUAUAGGGAUACUUAUACUAUAGUAUUUAAAAAUUCUUAAUUUAUUCUCUUACUUAAAAGCUAUUAAUUUAACCAAUUUAAUGUGAAUUUGUUCCUUAAGAUUUUGAAACCAUCUGAAAAGAAAGCAAAAUAUCAAUAUUCAGGAUUGAACUCUGGACGACCAGCCAGUAACACAACUGCCGUGAAAAAGAAAUAAGUCAACUCUGACAAAUAAUUAUAAGCAACUAAAUAAAAUGUUGUUCAUAAUAUUUAAUAACUCUGUGCUUGAAUAUUUUUUUUUGAAAAUCUGGACUUUCUAUUUAAUAACUGAUAAUGUUAAUAAUAUAUAUUGAUAAAGAGUUUACAAAUGUUAACAAUACAAAAUUACGACUAUAUAUAUAUAUAUAUAUAUAUAUAUUUUUUUUUUAUCUAUAAAAAAAAGUUUCAUUUUAAACAAUCAUUCAAUCAGUUCCUUGAGAUCUAAUUUAUAUAAUAUCCUAAAGUAUUGAGUGAUUAUUUGAUUUUAAUAUUAUUUACUUUGUAUAUAGAUAAUAACCAAUUAAUUUAGAUAAAAAAAAUUAAUAUAACAUUAGCCAUAUAUAUAUACGGCAUAAAUAAAAAUUAUGGGUUAGCUGCUAUUUCGUUGUAUAAAAAAACAUAUAUAUAUAUAUAUAUAUUAACAUUAUUAUUAGUAAUUACUGAUUAUUCUUAUUAAAUAUUGUCAUGACUAAUUUAAUUAUAGAAAAAAUAUUUACCAGUACUAAUAGUGUUUCAAAUACCAUUUUAAUAAUAUAUAAAUUAACUGUUUUUAAAUUUUGUGGUAAAGUAUUAAAGAUAUAAAUUUUUUUUAUGUCUUGUAUAAUUUCGGUAUUAGAUAAUAAAAACGUCAAAGUAAAAUUAAUUUCAAAUAUAACAGAUCUCCCGCUGUGCUUUCUACAAAUGUAGAUACAUAUAAAUGUAUAUGUGUAAAUAUUAUUGAUGUAUUAAAUAAUUGUAAUUUUGACCCAAAACUCAAAUGAUGAUUUUAAAAUAUGAAUCAUACUAUAUGGCUAUUUUAUUCAUUUUUCUUCAAUAUAAUAUAUUUAAAUUAUUUAUUACAGUUUAACUUCUAAUAAUAAAUAAUAGUCUAUUGUGGUUUGGUUUGAUUGAUCUUUAAUACAUAUAUAAUAUAUAAAUGAAUUAUUAAUUAUUUUUUUUUGCUUUUACAAAUUUUGUAGAAUUUGUUAUUAUAUUUAAAAUUAUUUUAAUAAAUCCAGUUUUUUUUUUUUUAUUAUACUAUCAACUGUGUGUACAUGAAACAAGAUCUUUUUUGAAAAAUAAUAUUUUAUACCGUGUUUUAUGUGUUUGACCUGUAAAAUAGCUCAUUAUUUAAUUCAUAUUUUCAAAGAAAAAAUAUAUUAUUUUAAUACUUUAUAAUAAUAUGGUCGUUCAAUUUUGUAAUUCAGUAAAAACCAAGAGGGGAAAAAAUGAUCAAUACAGAUAUUCAUAGUGAAACACCUAGUAUAUUAAGGUAUUGUAUAUAGGCACACAUUUCCAUAGAUCUGCUAUGUUUAACAAUUAUUAUAAACAUACUAUUAUAGUUCAUUCAGUGUAAUUUUUUUUUUAGUUAUUAGAAUAAUUAUGUAUUCAUUUUUUGGCCAACUAAACAAAUUAUAAUUUUCUGACAAAAAAAAUUAUUUAAAUUGUCAAAUUAUUAAAUAAUAUUCUGAAUACAGUAAUACCUAAAUGUUCAACAGUAAUUAUUACUUAGUAAUUUAUAAAACAAAGUUAUUCUUAUAUAUUAGAUAUUUUUGAUAAUUUCUAUAUAACAACGCAAUUGUCAAGUACAAUCCCAAUUGUCAGUUAUUCAUAGAAGAGUAAAAGUACUCCUAAAAAAAUAUUAAAAUAACAUGCUUAAUCUAUACAAUAAUAAAUUGAAUCACACCUAUUCAAAAACUCCGUGCAAACCUAUGCCUGUAAUAACUAACUUCCCUAUAAUGUACACAGUUACACAAUGAAGUGUAUAACUAAUCAAUUUAACUUCAAAAUAUUUUAAGAAUUUAUUAUGAAAAAGAGAAAGUUAUAUUUUUGGCUUAUUUUAAAUAUUAUAUAUUUAAAUAAUUUGAAAUGUAUCUACACUAACUAUUUUUUUUUAUUAAUAGGCUUAGUUAUAAUAGUUAUUAACUAUAAGGACCUUAUUAAAAUUUUAAAAAACAAUAUAUUGUAUUUAUAUAAUUUAUUUUAAAUAAGUUUGUCCAAUAAUAAUGAUAAUUAUUAUACAAAUGUUGAAUAAUGUGAAAUGUAUAUUACCACAAAAUGAUUAUAUUUUACUAUGCAUAUAUAAUUAUAUUGUAACUAAAAAAUAUCAAUCUAUAAAUUAUGAUUAAAUAUUUUAGAUUUAAAUGUUUUUGUUUGCACAUCUGAAUGUGUCGCACUUGCACAAAAUCUCAAAAUUAUAUACAAGCUCUCAUCAGUGUUAUUAAUUUUUGAUGUAUUUAUUUUAUUGUAAAUAUUUUCACGUUAUUAAUACAAAUCACUCUUAUUUUUAUUAAAAAGAUUGCUUCAUCAAUUUUUUAUUUUACAGUAAUUGUUUUAAAACCAAGACACUAAUAUUUUGUUUGUUUUAUCAAACAAGAAGUUUUUUAGAAUAUUAAAAACUUAUUUAAAAAUAUCUAUUGUAAAAUAUUUGAUUUUAACUAAUUAGAAUCAUUAUCAAUGAUUUUGUAAUAUAAAACUUGAAUUCGUUUUUUAAUUCGAUAGGUUUUGUAGGUAUAUAUAAAAAAAAAAAAAUAUUGUAUUUU